AUGUUUAGAAUACUCGCAAACAGCUCUACUAAACAGGGACAGAGAGUUUCUAGCAAGCUAGUACAACAUAACUCUCCCUCUGGAAGGUUAUUCAAUACCCAAAGUCCAGCUUCAGCCUCAAAGAAUGCUAAUUCAAGUGCUUCUACUAUCCUCCAUGAUGAGGAACCUCCAAGACCGUUGAGAGAUUUCAAUCAGAAAAAAAAUAAGAAAAACUUCAGGCCAUAUUUCCAAGUGCAAACACCCGAAGAUUCUGCAUUUAAAAAUGAAUUAUUAGCAUUUGAUAACUACUCAUCACAGAACACCACGUAUGAUCUAAGUAGCGAAAGUGUCACAUACGUCUCUCCUACCUUUUGGGAUGCUAUUAUCGGUAUCAUGCCGAUAUAUAGACAACUUUUGGAGAGUGGAGAGCUGACAAGUUCUCGUGUCCAGAACUUGGUCUCAUUUUUGAGAAAUGGCCUCCGUAUGAACAGAUUGGAGUUAAAAAAAUUAAAGAACAAGCCAGACUUUGAUUCUUCUUCUAAGAACAACCAAAUGUACGAGUUCUUACUCUCAUCUGUAAGAGAAGUUUCCAAUGAUUUGUUAGACGAAAAGUUUAGUCCCAAUGUCUCUUUGACCUCAUUGCUGAUUGAUUGUUUCAGAGAUAUGCAACUUCCUGAAGAGGCUAUUUCCUUUUGGUCUAACGGAAAACAAAUUCCAAACUUGACUGAAAUUUUUGAAGGACAGAUGGUACUGGGUGCUGUGUUGCCCAUUCUUGCAGAUGCCCAUGAGGCUAACUUUGAUGAACUCUACCCAAAGUACCUUGAACUACAAAAGAAUGUCGCUGCCGAACACAAGGUUCUUCAUCCUAAGUUCUUGUUGGGUAUGAUCAGAGUUUGUCUUUCUAAUAAUAAAGUCGAUGAGUCUCUGCAAAUAUUCAAGUCUCUAGUGAACAACUUGUACCAGAAUAAUGACGGAAAAACUCCAUUGCCUCACCAAAAGUCGAAUGUUACCAUGGCUCAUUUGAGUUUUAUCGGCUAUUGUAAGAAUAUAGACACUGCAGAUGUCUUCUUCAAUGACGCUAUGGAUAACAAAUUACCUUACCACACACCAUUACAAUUGAAUUUUAUCAACAGUUAUAUGAACAAUACUUGGGAAGUCACAAGAGACUUUGAACGGGUCAAAACCAUUUGGAUUAAGACUUGGAAUAACUACGCUUCCAAGAAGUAUUUACCUCGAAUGAUUUCAUCUUCUUUCAACAACGUUUUCUUCAAUAUAUUCUUUCAGAAAUACCCACAAUAUUCAGCUGAAUCUAUAAAGGAAUUAAAACAGCUUAUCGUCAGCUACUCCCAGAUCAGACCACUAGAUGAGCCAUUCCUUAAUGUUUUGACUUCUAAAUGCCAGCAAUGGCGGAGUUUGGAGGUAAUUGACUCGAUCCAGGAAGCCUAUAAAACUUACAACAUUGAGCCGACACUAGUUGCUCAUAGAUGUCUGUUGAAAGCCUUAGGAUCUGUUGACGUACCUCCUCAAAGAAUUCAGCAGACUUUUGAGAAUUUGCUGUUGUUGCACGAUGCCAAUCGUGAAGCUUUCUUAGCACCUGCGGACUUAACGUCCUUGAAAUCUGCCACUAUCAGAUCGCCUAUUCUUGAUGAACUACCUGGUGGCAGAGAUGAGAGGGUGAAGCUGUUUUUCCAAUUGUUCAAAGUUUACGGACCAUAUUUAAAGAGCACCAAGGCUUUAGAUCGAUGGAUCGCUAGCGACAUCGAGCAAGAUCCAAGCCUGGCUGUUUGGUAUAAGAGCUUGGGUUCAUUGGACGUAUCCAAGGUGAACCGUUUGAACCUUCCACGUAUGAAAAGAAACGAACAGUUUAGAGUAUAA